AUGAAAAUGUUUGUCAAACGAAGACUCCGCACAGAAACAGAUAAGAGUACUCCAGCUAGUGGAAAGAGAAAUGAUAAAUUGGCAAUCAGUAACGCUCACUUAACAGUCACUGAAUUGGAACAUAUGGUGCAGGGGAGAAUAAUACACAUUGAUGCAGGUUAUAGUCAUUCAGCCCUUAUAAACGAAUAUAAAAAUCUAUAUACGUGGGGUAAAAGUCUGGAUAUGCAACUGGGUCAUGGUAACAAGAAAGAGCAAGAAGAACCUCAUCAGAUCUUUGAACCGGCAAAUGUAGCUUGGGAUUUCGUUUCCUGUGGAUACGAUUUCACAACUGCAGUAACAUCUAAAGGAACCGUUUACGUUUGGGGGAGAAAUUGUAAGGGCCAUUUGGGUAUUGAGUCAAACAUUUCUUCAUCAGUUAAUCGUAAAAUUGUAUUCAAAACUGCGAAAGGUCCUUCGAAAACAAUUGAAAUGGCUGGUGUUAGACCUUGCAUACCACGACCAACAAAGUUUCCAUAUCUGGUUGCGUUUGCGCUUACAGAAGUGUGUUUCGACGAACUGGGAAAACGCAAUUUCAUUGAUUUUGCCAAAAAAAUGGACUCAAAUGCAAUCUCAAAUAUUUCUUCUCAUCUGCUUGGAAAUCCAGUGCAUUGCCUUCCUGCUGUAUAUAUCCAUUUAUUGGCUGGUGAUCUCAUCCAUGCAAUUGAAUUACUUGUGCAUAUACCGUCAGAAGAAAUGGGAGCAAUAACGGAUAAUAAUAAUGAACAGGAAGGAAGUGAAUUAUUUGCAUUCAUUGAUGUUGUCCUGGAUUUAAUGUGCAAACACCCUAAUUUCAAGGUUCAGUCCAAAGCUUUCUCGGAUUUGCUGAGUACUUUCGCUGUUGGUGAUCGUAUUGUUAAAAGCAAAAAAUUGAGUGCCUUGGCUCCAUUGCUUUUGAUUUCGAAACCGGAAGCACUUUCUUCACUGAAGUCAUCCGAAUUCUUGGAAAUUUUAGAAAAGUGGCAGCCCGGUUCGUCUCUUCAUGGUCUACAAGUAUCUCAAAAUUCUGUCCAGGAAGAGUACGCUAUUGGACUUGCUGUGGUGCUGUGGAAAAAUGCCCUGUGUUGGUCCGGAACAGCACAGUUAAUGAUAAAAGACGAGUUUGCCCGAGCUGUUGUGAAAAGUGGUCGUGCUCAGUGCGAGCAAAGUUCGUCAAAUACGAAAGCGGUGCCAACAAUGGAUGAGGGGGUUUCAAACUGA